GUCUACAUCUUAACGGUGAUAUGGAAGUGACAAUUUACAAAGUGAAUCCGGAAUGCUAUCCUCGGUUUAAGAAUGCAGACAAACGCAUAUAUAACAUAAUUGAGAGGACAAACAAACUUUUGUUAGACACAUUUGGUGAAUCAAACCUGGUCCGAAAGACUGUUCCAGAACGUAACAUUUGCAAUAAUGUUAAACUUUAUCUGUGUAAAAUGCAAGGAGACAAGAUGAGCCUGAAUGUAGGAAACUUAGUUAUGAGAAACGAAAGCUCCACCACUAAACAAAGUUACAAUUAUAGAAAUGCUAAAGAGUUUCUGAUUGUAAAUAAAAAAUCUUUUGACUGGACAACAGUCUUAGUUUUUCAAGAAUACAAGGGCCUGAGACGUGAACUCAAUACAUUUCUACCACAAGGACUGUCCGUUAUCAUUGUUACAUGUUUGCAAGGACACGACGCUGAAAAACCAUACGACCAUCUAAAAAUCAAGACAGUGACAUCAGAGGAGCAUAUUGCUGAAGAAAUAGGCUCUUUGCUAGAACAAAUGGCGUUCAAACCAAUGAAUGAAAUGUUCAAAUACAUCAGAAGUCUGUGUUAUGAUAAUCACAAACACAGUAGAGAUUCCAAAGAACCAGAUUGUAGUGUACCCGAACAAUCACAGUCUGCGAAUGGAUCGUCCAGUUAUGAAGGAAAAUUGGGGGAAAACAUUGAACAGGGAAUAAGUUCAUCCGCCGAUUUCUCGUUUGACAGACAUAAAUCAAAUGGACUUAAAAGAAAGUGUCUCGAAAAGGAAGAACAUAUGCAUGCAAAAAGGAAAGUAUUAACACAAUCAAGCUCUACGAAUGACGCCUACAAUCAAGAAAGGAAAACGCGAACAAGAGCUAAAAACGGAACGUUAAACAUCUCCGAUUUCGACAGUGGAAUAUUGAAAGUUUCAACACCAUCAAGCUCUACGAAUGAUUCACACAGCAAAGGAGGAAAAAUGCGAACAAAAACUAAAAACAGAUCGUGUACUUUCUCCAAUGACGAUACAGAAGAAAUGAAAGGACUUAGCGGAAAGUGCAAUGAAAAUGAACAUGAUAAAACGGCACAUCGGAAUUUCAAAGGGAGUUCAAACGCUCAAUUUGUGGACAGCUAUGCAAGCAUUCGAAAAACAAGAAGUGGAACUGUGUACGGAAGAACUGCCGAUGAAAAGUCAAAUAGGAAAUUUCGAGAAAACAAAGAAGAUUUUCAACGUUUAUUAGGGGAAAUGAUUGGAAUGUAUAGAAGAAGCCGACUUCCUGAAACUUUAAAACCACAACUAGAUGGACUAGAGGAUAGAGUAAGUGAUCAGGUUAUAGAGAGUUUGUAUCAAUUAAGCCCGUCAGUUAGAGGGUACAGCUUCAAGUUCAUCACAAGACUACAGAUCCACGUUUUGAGCCAUGAUAUCGAGAAUUUGAGACCAAAAAUUGUUGAAAUACUUAACAAACAUGGGUUUAAAUCAGACUCUUAUGAUGUAGUCUCACCGCUUGUUGAUGUGAAGCCAUUUUGCAAAAUACUUUCCGGAUCAAAGGUGGGAGUUAAUGGACACAAGAACUUUGGUAGUUUAACGAGUUUUGUGAAAAUGACACCGAAGACACAGAAAGAGGGAACGUAUUGUUCGCUUGCAUCAAAACAUCUGCUCCAAGGUCAAGAAACGCUUGAAAUUAUGUCCGAAAAACGAACUUUAAAAGCUGAUGUUAUUAAAGAAACAGCUCCUUUUGGUGACGUCAAUAUGAAGUUUGAUAUUGCUGCAGCCAGAAUCAAGAAGGAAGAUGAAUCGUACUGUGAUGGAAGAUUCAAAACAGAAGAUGGAACGUUAAUGAAGGGCAUAAUGUAUGAAAAUGAUGAUAGUCUACUUGAUUGUCAACACGUGCACAUGAGUGGUGCUCACACAUCAAAGGGUCUUGGAAUAAUUGCUACAACACAUUACAAAACCAGAAAAUUUGUUGCAUCUGUAGAAGGUGCUGAACUAUCACAAGAAUCGCAACAAGAAGCUGAGGCAGACGAUUUAAAUGAAAAUAACAGAUUCAUAUAUGUUAAAAGUAGAGAAGAAGCCGUUCCAUUUUGUAAACCUGGUGACAGUGGAGCUAUGGUAUGCUUCGACCACGAAGACGGUAACCAUGUUGACCUAAUUUCAAAAGUGAUUGGACAAGUUGAUAAGCAAGAUCUUUACCAAACCCUUAGGUUAAGAAGUGGCGUUAGUUAUUUAGAAAAGCUUACUCAAAGUGACAUUGAAUUCUUUUGAUUCAUAAUGUCAAUGAACUAAGUGUGUCCGAAAACUAGUGUUCUAAAAAAUGCAAGUAUUAACUCAGUAUUUCAAUCGCAUGAUCAUAUGAUA